AUGGCUGGCGUCAGAUUAACAGCGUCAUGGAGCGCGGUCAUCGUGUUGUGGACACUGGCCAUCUGGCUCUCUGACCACGAAACUUUGGCCAUAGUCACGGACUCGGUUCAGGUCACAAACUCGUUGCAGAAGAAAGUGCUUCACAACACGCUGAGGGCGCUAUUAAACUUUAAGCAGAGUCCCUCUUACGUGGUGAACGGGACGAAGCGAACGUCACGCUCCACAAUGGCUGCCUCUAAGUAUAUGCGACGCCUGUUCGCUCAGCAUAUGCUCAGCGGAGACCCGUCCUCAUCAGCCAGCAUUGUCCGAAGCAUCAGCCCUGUCUCUGCUUACCUUGGAGACCAGAAUGUCAUGGUUUUCAAUUUGAGUGCAAUUCAGACCGAAGAGGAGGUUAUGAGGGCAGAGAUUCACUGCCAUGUUGGAGUGAAAAAGAAGCGAAUGGGAUGGAACGUGAAGUGCUACCAUUUGUUUUCUCCCGCUGGAAUAAGGAAGGACUUGGCGAUGAUCAAUUUCGACAAUUCGAACGGAUGGAUCACAUUCGACGUCAGAAGUGCGGUCUCUGCGGCGAUGCAGAACUCCUCUAGUCAGUACGCUACGAAUAACCCUACGAAGCUGAUAUCGGUCUUUUGCACGAGUUCGCCUCAGCUGGUCGGACGUUACUCGCCUCGUCGUUUGAAACUGUCCCCACACGACAACGCGUUCCUCAUCGUUCGCUCCCAAGCCAGCAACGAGCAGCGUCUAGAAUCAGCGGCUGUCAUGAACCAAAGCAGCGACGGCUUGCCGGGGCGGCGACAAAAAAGAAAUGACAACUACUUUCGGUACUUCUACGAAGCGUCCCCGACCGAGAACGCAUCGACGACGUCGUUCCUCACGAAUACCCUUCUGAGGCAGAUGAAGAGCUUUCAGGAGAUGGGGCCGGCGGUACUGCAUCCUUACAGAUACAAACGAAAACGAGACAGCAAGAAACGCACUCAAACAACGUACAUGUCAGACAAAGUUCUCGACCGCAACGAUUUUCCUCCAUUCGGCGUCACGAGCAAGGCUUCGAAAGCGGCUAAGGAACUCACCAGCACCUCUGAAGCUACCUCUGCCGUUCAUCAAGAGACACUUGUUCUUCUUCCAAGCAACGGCUUCGGUGACAACGAACACGUUUGCCAAAAAUUUCACAUCGUCGUCGACUUUCGCGACAUUGGCUGGGGCGAAUGGAUAAUAGCUCCAACAACUUUUGAAACAAACUACUGUGCCGGUUCCUGCUCAUUUCCAAUCAAAAACGCAACAAACCCCUCAAAUCACGCUAUCAUCCAGAGCAUCAUUCAUGUCAUCGGUCUGCAGCCGAACGUGCCACAGGUGUGUUGUGCUCCUAACAAGAUGGAUUCGCUGACACUGUUGUAUUUCGAUGAAGACCAAAACGUAGUGCUGAAGUCAUAUCCCAAGAUGGUUGUCACUUCUUGUGGCUGUUUGUAG